CCCCUGCACUGCAGCGGUCAUUACGACCUGCACCUGUAUUGAAAGUGUCUCAGAUACACACAGAGAAACAUUCUGCGUGGACUACGUCUUUCUAUCGUAUGACCGUUAUUCUCGGUCGAGGUGGAGCACUAAAGACGACAGAGAUGCGACUUACAGCCCAUUUACUUGUGUUGUUCAUCACUGCUGGACUACGUUCAACGUAUGGACAGAGAGACAUAGACGUUGACCACAAUGAGAGGCACAUUAAUGUCUCGGCAAAUAAUAACCACACUUGGGGAUCAGAUUCUGCAUUGCGGUUUACGUCAGCUUAUGAAGACGGCCAUAUUGUCUUGACAAUCACUACUGAGUCCCAACAAACGGGCAACUGUUCAGACAAGAACGCUAUCAUAACAAUCAAAGAAGCCACCGACGCAACAGGGCAGUUUCUUUGUGGUGACGGAGUCUAUGAAAGUCGUGGAAGAGUCGUCACUGCAGUCAUUACCGGAUCGCAGGACGUCCGUAUCUCCUACAUAUUAAGACCUGCACUUUACCAGUGCAAUACCACGUUCCAGGCAUCGCAAGCUACAUCCAUUCUCAGGUCGGCUGACAUCUUCAGGCAGAAUGGUUCCAGCUUGUUCAAAGGAACCUGCCGAUGGACCAUCUAUAGCAGACCAGGGUACAAUGUCCGUGUUCAGCUGUUGGAAUCCAAUAUCACUUCACCUUGCUCUGAAAACAAAAUAAGUGUUGAUAUUGAUGAUCAGGUCACGUUGUCAUGGUGUGGUAAUGAAAGCUCUUCGUACACAUCCUAUCACUCUGAGCUGGUCAUCCGGUUCAACAUGUCCAGCAUCGCUGACGGUCAUGGCUUUACCAUUAAUUAUACCGAAGUACAAGAUUUGAGCCCUGGAUUCAUCAGCAAGUGUAGAUCUUCUUUUCCUGCUGCUUACCUGCCCAGAACACUCACUUUUAACUUAAACGUCACCUCCGACCAGAAUUCACGAGAAGAUAAAGAAGGCGAAAGACAGUGUUACCUGCUGCUCACCACAUAUGAUUCCCAUGUGUUGGUAACAGUUCUGCAAUCGUCGCUGCCUUCUACCUGCUCUAACGAUACAGUUCAAGUUGUCGAAGGACCUUACCUGCGAACAUCCUGGUGCGAGCACUCAACACCCUCCGUUCAGUCAAUGGGGACCUUUUUGAUGAUCAAGUUCAACGCCAGUAGUGUAACCAGUGGCUCUGUCACUAUACAGUACAGAACAGUUACAAAGUCAUGGAACACAACCCGACCUUGUUACUUAAAUUACAAUUCUGCAAUCAAGAGUAUCUGGUCAUGGUGGUCGUGCCCCAGUUACCUUCCUUCCACGAGCUUGAUGCAGACCUUUACAGUGACAAACAAUGACUUUUUCACUGUGUAUCCAUAUUUUCCAAGAAUGACACGGGAAUGGAGGAUCCAGACAGGCAUUCGCAGAUAUGUGUAUACUGAAAUUGAGACCUAUCCAGGUUUGAGAUGUUCGCAUGGAGUCAUCCAAGUAUAUGAUUGUGAUGAUACCCACAGCUACAGAUACUUAGGUUCUUGGUGUGAUGGUAGGGCCAAUUAUACGUUCAGUUCAAGAUCAUGUAUGGCCGUACUCUUCAACGCUACACACCUCUAUGAAGGGAGCAACGCAAUCUUCUCUUUGAAGUACAAGGAUGUAGAACAGUUGCCUUCUGGAACAACAACUAGACCAUCAACAACCUCGUGGCCGUCGAUGACAAGCUCACCAGCACAACCUGCAUGCAGUGAGGUCACACGCAGUGUCACGUCGGGUGUUCACAGUCGGGUGUUGGUUAUACCUGCACUUGCCAGAGUAACAUGUAGAUGGAGAGUGACGACUUCAGUCCUUGCAGAUUCUGAAAAUCAAAUAGAACUGAACCUGGAAUCCGUGGCCUCAGACAUAACAAGCUCCGACAUGUGUUAUGGCAGGUACCUGGAAGUGUUCGCUGGUCCGUCCUCAAGCUCUCCCUUCUUGGCCAGGUGGUGUGGUCAAUCUAAUGAGACACUGGUCAGCACAGGUCAAGUUAUGUUUCUGGUGUACACUGGUGGUUCUAGUUACCCAAGGCUGCCCUGGUCAGUCCAUUACCAGACCAUAGUUGACGACAGCGUCCCUGAUGCUGCUUCACAGAGAUCAUCCCGCUCCAACAAAACCGGCGCCAUUGUAGGUUCGGUGUUCGGCGUUGUUGUGCUGGUUUUGGCCGCGGCAGGUGCUCUAAUUGCGUGGAGAAUAUACAGUAGAAAGAAAAUGUCACCUUAUCAGAACCAAAUCAUCUGUCACAGUGAAGCGGGGAGUUCUGUAUUUACGGUAACGCCACCAUCUUUCUCCAAUGCUGUUUACGAAGAAGUGAAGUCGCCGGAGAUAGGCAAAGAAGCAGUUAGAGCCCCUUGCAACGUGUAUGACACACCUAACACCAAUGAACAACCCGAGUGCCACCGUAAUCAAUACUUGUCUCUCUAUCAGCCACUUGAUCCCGGGUUUCCCAAGGGUAACGUCGAAGACAAAUCGGCUACCUACAUGUAUGAUAACAAUGUUCGCGGGGGAAAGGGGGAUCCUGAGAUCUAAAUGACUGAAAGGAUAUGCUAACUUCAAUAUUUCCAUAUUUGUCUUUGAAAGGAGGAAUCAAACUUUGUUUUUUACUCAAAACACAUAAAUUUACAGAACAUUCAGCAUUCCCAAUAAACGACUUUGUGUAAAGCCUGAUCAAUUGUUUCCAUGAUUUUCGUGAACAGUUUAUAUAUUAAACAAAAGUCUCCGUGAUCCCUAUUCCUCCCCAAGAAUAUCCGCUAUAAGUUGACCGAAGAUGGAACGGAUCGGACUGGACUUUGAACAUGUGUUUGUGUGUGCGCUUGAACUUAGAAAUAAAUAUUGCUACAAUUAAUUGUGUUUAUUUUGCGAAUGUAUCAGAAAACAAUGUAUUAUUUAAUCAUGAAAUGUGUGAAGUUUUCUCUCGUCCACAACAUUCAGUAGAGGACCGAACAAUGCCUGCCUUUUGAACGUAUUUAUUCAUUAAUUUGCUAUGCAAUGACUUUCAUAAAAAAUAAGGAAUAUAAUGUAAUAAACGUUUUCAAAG